GGAGAGGAAGGAGCGGAGCGCACAGCCGGAGCUGCUGGUAGAGAGGGGGAGUGAGGGCGAGAGAGAAAGAGAGAGAGAGAGGGAGAGAGACAUUCGUUCAGCACAGAAAGAGAGAGAGAAGGAGGGGGGAGACAGAUACGCGUGUUGGAGCAGAGGAGAGCUCAGUUUGGAUGAGGAGCAGAGCGGAGAGGCUGCACAUUCAUUUUCUCCCGAGCAGCUUUUACGCACGCACGCCGGUGCUGCUGCUGCCGCCUCCUCCGGGACACCUCCAGUCCCUGGUGCAAGAAACGGACAUUAUCCCCACAGGGCAGUCGAUGGGACAACAUUUGGUGUUUAUUUUAAUCACAGGUGCUUUUACCAAGUAGACGCGGAAUUUGGAGAUUGAGCCACAGGAGAAGAUCUGGGAAUAUCGAAACAAACAGGGAAAGACGCGUGGGAAUUUUUUCGUUUCUCCUUUAUUUGCCCAAACUUAUUAUUUUUGUUUUGCCGGUAGAUUCUACUGAUGGUUCCCGGUGACUUCAACAAGUGAUUUUUUUUUUUUACUUUGUUUGAAUUUUGUCAUUUCCCUCUCAGCCGUGUCAGGUCUGUAUCCCCACGCGCGUCUUGCCUGACACACGGACCCGGUGCUGUCGCCUGUGAGCACCGACAUGGAUUUCGCGACUUUAAAAACGUGUUUACCGGACGAACUGCGCUGAUUCCAGGCCAGUUUCCUCCACAGAAGACGGGGUGCCACACACACGGUCACAGCCUAAACGAACAUUACAGUUUCAUCCACUUUGAUAUUGUUGGAGAGGAGAGCUCACGCAUUCGUGGAGGAGUUUGGGCACCGGUCGUGUUGCGCACUAGAGAAAUAGAAAACUGUGGGAAAGGGAGACUGUUGGAUCACAAACUUCUCACAUAUUAAAACCACAGAAGAAGAUAAGAAGUGACUUUUUCUUUCCAACACAUCAGAGGAGAGAAGAUGGAUUUACUCAUAUGGCUCUGUGGAUGUUUACUGGCUUUCCUUUCGCCUCCAGUCAGAGCAGAAGAAGGAGCGUCUGAGCCAUGCGGCGGCUUCCUAGAUGCCAGCGAUGCCGGAUACAUCACCACACCCGGCUACCCGCUGGAGUACCCCCCCCACCAGAACUGCCGUUGGGUCAUCACGGCCCCCGAGCCCUCGCAACGCAUUGUCCUCAACUUCAACCCGCACUUUGAGAUCGAGAAGCUGGACUGCAGGUAUGACUACGUAGAGAUCCACGAUGGAAACUCAGAGUCCUCCGACCUACUGGGGAAGCACUGCAGCAACAUCGCCCCCGCACCAAUCAUAUCGUCCGGCCCCUCGCUCCACAUCAAGUUCGUAUCGGACUACGCCCACCAGGGGGCAGGCUUCUCGCUGCGCUACGAAAUCUUCAAAACAGGUUCAGACUGUUCCCGUAACUUCACCAGCCCCUCGGGUCUCAUCGAGUCUCCGGGCUUCCCCGACAAAUACCCGCACAACCUGGAGUGCUCCUUCAUCAUUGUUGUCCCUCCCAGCAUGGACGUCACCCUCAGCUUCCUCACCUUUGACCUGGAGAACGACCCCCUGCCGGGCGGAGAGGGGGACUGCAAAUACGACUGGCUGGAGGUCUGGGACGGGCUCCCUGGAGUGGGCCCUCUGAUUGGCCGUUACUGUGGGACCCGGGUGCCUCCCGAGAUCCAAUCAUCUACCGGGAUUCUCUCGCUGGCCUUCCACACGGACAUGGCCGUGGCCAAAGACGGCUUCUCGGCCCGAUACAACAUGACGCACAAGGAAGUCAGCGAGAAUUUCCACUGUAGCAACGCCUUCGGGAUGGAGUCGGGAAAGAUCACCGACGACCAGAUCACGGCCUCGUCAAGUUUCUAUGAUGAGCUCUGGCUGCCGCGACAGGCCCGACUCAACUACCACGACAAUGGAUGGACGCCCAACGAGGACAGCAACAAGGAAUACAUUCAGGUGGAUCUCCACACUCUGAAGGUGCUGACCGGCAUCGCCACGCAGGGCGCCGUUUCGAAGGAAACCGAAAAGGCGUACCACGUCACCACCUUCAAGCUGGAGGUCAGCACCAACGGGGAGGACUGGAUGGUCUACAGACAUGGCAAGAAUCACAAGGUUUUCCAUGCCAACGUGGAUGCCACAGAGGUGGUCCUCAAUCGGAUCCCUCAGCCGGUCCUGGCCCGCUUCGUGCGAGUCCGACCUCAGACCUGGAAGAACGGCAUCGCGCUGCGCUUCGAGCUGUACGGCUGUCAGAUCACCGAUGCUCCCUGCUCAGAGCUACAGGGCAUGUUGUCUGGGCUGCUGCCCGACUCCCAGAUCUCGGCCUCCUCCAUGAGGGACAUCCACGGCUCCAUGGGUGCAGCCCGACUGGUGGCCAGUCGCUCCGGCUGGUUCCCCAACCCGACACAGCCUAUCGCUGGAGAAGAGUGGCUCCAGGUGGACCUGGGAGUGCCCAAGAUGGUGCGAGGCAUUAUUACCCAGGGUGCAAGAGGGCUGGAGGGCAGCACCAGUGCCGAGAACAGAGCAUUUGUCAGGAAGUACAAACUGGCGCACAGCUUGACCGGCAAAGACUGGACGUCCAUCACUGACAGCAAGACUGGGUUCGCCAAGAUUUUCGAAGGCAACGGCCACUACGACACUCCGGAGGUGCGGCGGUUCGAGGAGAUAGUGGCCCAGUUCAUCAGAGUGUUUCCGGAGAGGUGGUCGCCCGCUGGGAUCGGCAUGAGGAUGGAGGUCCUCGGCUGUGAACUGCCAGAAUCUACAACUGUUCCUGACACUAUGACCCCCACUGUGCCCAGAGUGGAAAUGACCACUGCUGCAAUGAGAUCUGCCACCACUCCAUCGCUGUCGGCCGUCUGUGACUUCGAGCAGAGCUUGUGCGGCUGGUCGGCUGAUCCCCAGUCAGGUGUGAGCUGGUCCCUGCACACAGCCAGCAGCAGCUCAACAGGACACAACACACACGAGACCCUGCAGGAUCUGGCACUGGGAUCAGACAAUUUUUCAGGGAACUACCUCCACAUGGACGCCGGCGCCCAUACCCAGCGCAAGCGAGCGCGGCUGCUGAGCCCCGAGGUGGGCCCCGAGCGAGGCCCGCUCUGCCUCCUCUUCUACUACCAGCUCCAGGGGGAGGCGCAGGGGAGCCUGAGGGUCCUGCUGAGGGACAACGACCAGGAGGAGACGCUGCUGUGGGCGCUCAAGGGAGACCAGGGGCCACACUGGAGGGAGGGCCGCACCAUCCUGCCCCAGAGCCCCAAAGAGUAUCAAGUGGUGUUUGAAGGUUUUUUCGAUCACUCGACCCGAGGCCACAUCAGAAUAGACAACAUCCACAUGAGCAGCAGCAUGGAGCUGGAGCAGUGCACACAGCCUUUCCCUGCCUUAACUCCUGGAAUAAACAACCCCAGACCCAUGGAUUUCGGAAAAGAUCCUGUUUACAACGGCAAGCACCCAAUCAAUGGCGAAUACCUCUUCCCAGGGUGGCCAUCCUCCUUCUCCACCCCCUCCUCCUCUGACAUGGACCACCCCUCCGUCACCCAGGUGUCGGAGAAGGAUAAGGACAACGCCUGGCUGUACACUCUGGACCCCAUCCUCCUCACCAUCAUCGUGAUGAGCUCCCUGGGCGUCCUGCUGGGGGCCGUGUGCGCCGGGCUGCUCCUCUACUGCACGUGCUCCUACAGCGGGCUCUCCUCGCGCUCCUCCACCACGCUGGAGAACUACAACUUCGAGCUGUACGACGGCAUCAAGCAUAAAGUCAAGAUCAACCAGCAGAGGUGCUGCUCGGAGGCGUGAAGAGAGGGAGGAGAACUCUGGAGAAAGACGGGGGAAGGGCGUGCUCCAUGAUCCCUGUUCAGUUCGCGGCUCGGACUAAGAAAACACAAAAAAGAAGCACUACCUGCUAUUUCAAUCCCCAGAGUCCCCUCUCUAGUUACCUCUGCUCUCUGAUGUCUAAAGGGGUUAAAGUUCAACCCAGAAUUCCCCCACCUCCUUGUGUGCCAGGGGGAAACUUGUGAUCUUGAUUUCCCCUACCCACUAGGAGGCCUCGACCAGGGGAACAUCUGACCCCAGUCCUCCUCUACUUACAGCACCAUAUCUCCUACGCCUGCAGGAGAGAGCCUGCUCGAUUCUAAAAAGCCUGUGAAUGAAUGAAGGAAUGAAUAAAUGAAUAUGAAUGAAUAUCUAUCUACCCGCAAGCCACUGGAAUCAAGCUGCGACUGGAGAAGGACCAGAGCACCCUGUGACAAUCUGGACAUUUGACAGAUGACAGCAGAGUCGGGGGUGAAAGUAUUGGUGACGCGCUUCUUGAUGAUUUUUUACCCUCGGCUGGAGGGCAACUCAAAUUGUGAGCUUCUGAAUGUGUCCAAUUAAGACUCAAUCAAAAAAAAACGUUGGCAAAGACUUCAGCAGCAGUGGACCGUUUAACAUGGGUUCUUUUGACUGAAAUCAACACAUAUCAAGUGAAUGCCUACCCCCUCCCACGCC